GAGCGGCCCGGCCCCGGCCCCCUGCUCGUCGGCUGUAGCAGGGCCGCCGUGGGGCCGGCUCGGCUCCCGCCCCCCGCGGCUCCCCCUCCGGCUCCUCCUCCUGGGAGACGCCGGGGGCCCGGGCCGGCCCGCACUCAGAGCUCUGCUUCAGCUGCUGCCGGGGCGGUCGGAGGUGGCGGCGGCGGCGGCGCCAUGGGCGGCCUGGCCUCCGGGGGGGAUGUGGAGCCCGGACUGCCCGUCGAGGUGCGGGGCUCCAACGGGGCCUUCUACAAGGGCUUCGUGAAGGAUGUCCAUGAAGACUCCGUCACUAUCUUCUUUGAAAACAACUGGCAGAGUGAGAGACAGAUUCCCUUUGGGGAUGUCCGACUACCACCUCCAGCUGACUAUAAUAAGGAGAUCACAGAAGGAGACGAGGUCGAGGUCUAUUCAAGAGCCAAUGAGCAGGAACCUUGUGGUUGGUGGCUUGCCAGGGUGCGGAUGAUGAAGGGAGAUUUUUAUGUCAUUGAGUAUGCUGCCUGUGAUGCUACCUACAAUGAGAUUGUCACCUUGGAACGACUUCGGCCAGUUAAUCCCAAUCCCCUUGCAACCAAAGGCAGCUUCUUCAAGGUUACCAUGGCUGUGCCUGAGGAUCUCAGAGAGGCCUGCUCCAAUGAAAACGUCCAUAAAGAGUUCAAGAAAGCCCUGGGAGCCAACUGCAUCUUCCUCAACAUCACAAACAGUGAGCUCUUUAUUCUGUCAACCACAGAAGCCCCUGUGAAGAGAGCAUCUUUGUUGGGUGAUAUGCAUUUCCGAAGCCUUCGCACCAAAUUGCUGCUCAUGUCCCGCAAUGAAGAAGCCACGAAGCACCUCGAGACAAGUAAGCAGCUGGCAGCUGCAUUCCAAGAGGAGUUCACAGUCCGCGAGGACCUGAUGGGCCUGGCGAUUGGGACUCACGGUGCCAACAUCCAGCAGGCCCGGAAGGUGCCAGGGGUGACCGCCAUUGAGCUGGGCGAAGAGACCUGCACCUUCCGCAUCUAUGGGGAGACACCGGAGGCAUGCCGACAGGCUCGAAGCUACCUGGAAUUUUCCGAAGAUUCUGUACAAGUGCCCAGGAACCUGGUUGGCAAAGUGAUUGGAAAGAAUGGGAAAGUGAUUCAGGAGAUUGUGGACAAGUCUGGUGUGGUGAGGGUUCGUGUAGAAGGUGACAACGACAAGAAGAACCCCAGGGAGGAGGGAAUGGUUCCCUUCAUAUUUGUUGGCACCCGAGAGAAUAUCAGCAAUGCCCAGGCUCUGCUGGAGUAUCACCUCUCCUACCUGCAGGAGGUUGAGCAGCUCCGCUUGGAGAGGCUGCAGAUUGAUGAGCAGCUGCGGCAGAUUGGGCUGGGCUUUCGCCCUCCUGGAAGUGGACGGGGUGGCAGUGGUGGUGGCAGCGACAAGGCUGGCUAUACCACAGACGAGAGCUCCUCCUCUUCCCUGCACACGACCAGAACCUAUGGAGGCAGCUAUGGGAGCCGGGGCCGGGGCCGGAGGACUGGUGGCCCUGCCUAUGGCCCCAGCUCAGACCUAUCCACGGCUUCUGAGACAGAGUCAGAAAAGAGAGAGGAGUCCAGUCGAGCAGGACCUGGGGACCGAGAUCCCCCAAGCCGCGGAGAAGAAAGCCGGAGGCGGCCGGUUGGGGGCCGGGCAAGGGGACCCCCACCUGUUCCCCGGCCUACCUCAAGAUACAGCUCGUCAUCUAUUAGCUCAGUGCUAAAGGAUCCAGACAGCAACCCUUACAGCCUAUUGGACACGUCUGAACCAGAACCCCCAGUUGACUCAGAGCCUGGCGAACCCCCUCCAGCAAGUGCCCGUCGCCGCCGCUCCCGCCGCCGGCGUACUGAUGAGGAGAGGACUGUCAUGGAUGGAGGCCUGGAGUCUGAUGGUCCCAACAUGACAGAGAAUGGCCUGGAAGAUGAGUCAAGACCCCAGAGACGUAAUCGCAGCCGCCGUCGCCGCAAUCGUGGUAACCGAACUGAUGGGUCCAUCAGCGGAGACCGCCAGCCAGUUACCGUGGCUGACUAUAUCUCACGGGCAGAGUCUCAGAGCCGCCAGCGGCCACCUUUGGAACGCACGAAACCCUCAGAGGAUUCUCUUUCAGGACAGAAGGGUGACUCUGUCAGCAAGCUUCCCAAGGGCCCCUCGGAGAAUGGGGAGCUCUCUGCCCCCUUGGAGUUGGGUAGUUUGGUGAAUGGAGUUUCAUAAAACCUCCAGUCCACAUCCCUCCUCUCUCCAUCUCGCUUGCUGCCCACCACCAUGGCCCUCAUGGGUCCAACUGACCUGCGCUGGAGCUGCUCUUAUCUAAGGGGGUGGGGGGUGGCACAGCAGCUUGGGUCCCCCCAACCUCCAGGAGCUAGUGGAGGGGUGUGUAACAGGGUCAUACCCCCUCCCUCUUGUCCACCCUACCCCAGGGUGAGGGGAGCCUCCCCCUCCCUAUCAGACUGGAUGUGCCUUUAUCCUCUAAUGCCCCAACCUCUGAGCACCCCCAUUCUUCGCCUGUUGGUGGGGGUGCUUCUUGACCCACCCAGAUUUGACAGUUCAGGGGGGCUCCCCUGCUAUCCCUCCUCCCAUCCUGUACCCCCCAUUUCUGGGGCCUCAUCACUGUGGAAGACGGGGAUAGUGAGGGUAUUUGUGGGUGGGAGGCAUGGGGAAGGUUUUGGAGUAGAACCAGGGGUGUGUAUGAAGGGGGUGACAAGUUUCCCCAGGGAGUUGGGGGAAAUAACCUUGUCUGGUGGAUGAGAAGGCGUAUUUAUUUUUCACUGUACAGUAUUUAAAAAGAGAAUAAAAAAUCCAAAUGGCCUUC